AUGUCGUCGACCGUCAUUGAGUCAGUUAGCAGCGAUCUACCAGAGAGAAUGAAGCACCCGCUGCGUGACGAGUGGACCUUCUGGUUGUUAAUGGGAGACAAGAAGAAUUGGGAGGAUAAUCUGGAGAAGUUGACCAGUUUUAACACUGUCGAAGAUUAUUGGUGCCUCUACCACCACAUGAAGGUGCCUUCCGAGCUGAAGUUGGGCCAGGACUACAUGAUCUUCAAGAAGGGCAUCCAGCCAAUGUGGGAGGAUCCUCAUAACAAGAAAGGGGGUCGCUGGUUGAUCAUGCUUGAUCGAAUGACGAGUGCGCACAUGGAUAGCAUCUGGGCAGAUACGGUGUUAAUCCUAAUUGGAGCUACCUUGGAGCACACUGACGAUAUAUGCGGCGUGGUCGUUAAUGUUCGAGAUAAGAAUAAAAUCUCUGUUUGGAUGAAGACUAACGAUUCUGAUCCAGUUCUUGAGGUGGGUCGGAAAUUAAGAAAGCAGUUUAAGAUACCCUACAAGUUCAAUUAUUAUAAGCACAAUUCUUCUAAGUCUAUGUACUCUAUGUAA